AGUCAAUGAAAACGGUAGAGGGCGCUGCUCUAGCGCCACUCUUCAAACAAAUGCUUGUAACUCAAAAACUAUAAGUCCUAUCUAAGAAAUGAAAACAUUGUGAGAAUCCCAAGACUUCCACGAACGUACAGAUCUGUGUUGGCGAGAGAGAGUUCAGAAAUGAGACCGUGGGAGCGAGUUAGAAAUGUUUCUUCGUAUUUCUCCUUUUCGGACUUUUUUCCAGAAAUUAACAUGGGAGUCAAUGGAGAGGUGAGGCAGAAGUCUGCCUUCCAUCGAUCACAGACUCUCACGUACAAGAACGGCUUCGCUCGGCUCCGUACCCCCACUGUUGGCAUCGGGCAGGAUCCUCUUCUGUCAGAGCGAGUGAUCCAGCAGGAGAUCAACAAGCGGACCUUCAAAACACCGGACAUGACUCAUGGCUCCUCAUACAAGAGCCCGCGUAAACAAUUCGUACCAGCUUACGUGACCUUAGACAAGAAGGCGCUGCGCUUCUAUGCAUACUUUAAGGAGGAUGUCCAGUUUUCCCCUGACGAGGUGUACCGUGUGCGCCCUGUGAUUAUAUACUACUACCCAGAGGAUGACAGCAUGUGCAUCUAUGAGCCCAUAGUGGAGAACUCUGGGUUAUCGCAGGGGAAACGGUUGAAACGACAGCGUGUGCCCAAGAAUGAACGAGGAGAGCAUUACGAGUAUAAAGACCUCAGCCUUGGCAUAGACCUGGUGGUGUAUGGGGUCAAGUACCACAUCACAAAUUGCGAUGAGUUUACAAUGAAAUUCAUGGAAAGUGAGGGCAUUAUUUUGAACGACCCUGAGCCGACGCCAGUUGAUCCUUACAGCAACAGUCGCAAAAUGACUCUGCCUUGCCACACCACACCCUCAGAAUUUGACAGAAAACACCAGUUUCUCACUAUGGACGGGAAGGUGCUGUGUUUCUUCGCUCUGUGGGAUGACGCUGAUUGUCUGCAGAAGGACACCAGAUCCGUUACCAUCCACUAUUACCUUGCAGACGACACAGUGGAGAUCAGAGAGAUCCACGGACCCAAUAGUGGUCGUGAUCCCUCCCCUGUUGUGAUGCGCCGACAGAAGCUGCACAAGAAACUCAAACCACAGCCCUUCCCCAGCUGUGUGAUGCAGGUCUCAAAGGAUGAGGUGGAGGAGUACUACWCACCCAAAGACUUCCAGGUGGGUCACACAGUGAAGCUGCUGGGUCGUCCCUUCUUGCUGUAUGACUGUGAUGACUUCACCCGAAAGUAUUACCAAACCAACCACCCUGACAUGGAUAUGAAACCCAUUGAAGUACACAAGACGGUUAAUGUGGACAGGAAGAAGGAGGUUCCUCCCUACAAUGGUUUUGGUUCACUUGAAGAUUCUCUCCAGAAUUGUUCUGACGAGACAUUUUGA